CUCAUACUCCAAAUUCCCCUCUUUUUCCUCUCUCUCUCUCUCUCUCUCUCUCUCUCUAUCUCAUAUAUCACCAAAUCAAAACAUUGAUCCAACAAAACCUACUUUCUUUUUCUUUUCCCACUAACUAAAAGGACUCACUCACUUAUUUCCAUCUUUGCUUUUCUUUUUCUUCGUUUUCUUUUCUUUUUUGGAUUGUUGUGAAAAUCCAAACGAUGAUCCAAGACCUAUUUGGUGUUAUAGCUGCUGCUGGAGACACCAAAAUCUCCAUCAAUGGAUCAAUUCUAGAUUCCUCCACCACCACUGCCGCCGCCCCUUAUUCUUCCCUCUCCACCCCAAGACCCGCCGCCGCCUCCGCCAUAACCACCGCCGCCACCACCUCCACCACUUCCUCCAAUAACAAUAAUAAUUCCGAACAAGGCCAGAACUUGCGGUGCCCAAGAUGUGAUUCCUCCAACACCAAAUUCUGUUACUACAACAACUACAACCUCACCCAGCCGCGCCAUUUCUGCAAGACGUGUCGCCGUUAUUGGACCAAAGGUGGGGCUCUCAGAAACGUGCCCAUCGGCGGCGGCUGUCGGAAGAACAAGGCUGGUGCUGCCGCCGCCGCCACCGUCGCAGCGUCGGUUGGGAAAUCCGCAGCUGCCAAGAUGAAAACGCUGUCGUCUGAAAUCGGGCGGGUCGGGUUCGGAGGAGGCGGGUUAUUCGAUCACGAAUUAAUCUCGCCCACGCAAAUUCUGUGGGGCUCGCCGCAGAAUUCUCAUCUCUUGGCCAUUUUGAGAUCCGCCGCCCAAAACCAAAACCCUAACCCUAAUAAUCUCGCCGCCGUCGUCCCCGGAUCCCACGUCAUCACCGAACCUCCGCCGCCGGCCGCGACGACGCCGUUUCAUGCCCGAACGAUGAGUUUCGAUCCGGCGGCGAACCAUCUUCCGUCUCUCGGCCUCUGUAGCUCUUACUGGAGGAACAAUCAGAGCCAAACCCAAGUUCAGCAACACAACGGCUACGGCCACGGCGGUGGCGAUCAGCUCCACUGCGGCGGCGGCGGCGGCGGUAUUCAAGAGCUGUAUCAGAAGCUGAGAUCGUCGUCGACCAAUUACUUCAUGGACCAUCCAGCGUCGGUGGGGGUGACGAAUAAUGCGGGUACGACGGCGGCGGCGAUUCUGGAGGCGGCUCCGGUGGGCGGUGGCGAAACAGGUUACUGGAACCCAGCUUUUUCUUGGUCUGAUGUUCAUGCUAGUGCUAAUGGAUCAUAUCCUUGAAAAAUUAAUUAAUUAGGACUCUGUUUAAUUUUCCUCUUCUCUUUCCCAUAUUUAGGAUUUAUUUUUGGUCUUUUUUUUCCCUUUCUCUCUCUCUCUACUGUGUUUUUUGCUUGGGUUUGUGGUGUAUGAAUGAAUUGGAUUUAGCAUCAGUGUUUUCUUCUUCUUCUUCUUCUUCUUCUUCUUCUUUUUUUCCUUUUAAUUUCUUCUCUUUUGGAAUUAAUUACAGUGUGUGUUUAAUUUAAAUUAACUAGAUGAAGAUGUACUAUCCAAGACUCAGACAUUAUGAUGGGAAUAAAUUUUCUAAACUUCAUGCAA